UAUCGAUGUCGACAGACACAACAACUCUAUUCGGUACUGCAAAAAUGUGUACAAUCUCCAUGCUUUACCAUGGCCACUAACCAUGCCAUGGCUUAGCCUAAAAUUAACUAACAACGUAAAUUAGAGCUAUGAUUUACUUUUAUUGAUAAACUAAAUUAAUUUGUUGUAUUUGUAUUCAAAAACAAAACCGUUAUUAUAUCAGAAUAAGUUGGAGUUCAAUGUAAUUGUACAGAUUUCAAUAAAAUCAGUGUUGUUAAACGAUCUAAAAUGAAGAUUGUUUUGUAUACAAAAAGAGCCAAGAGGAAAAAGAAGCAGUAUCUGAAAUUGAACAGCAAUUAAUUAAAUUGAACUUCAUAAAAAGUAAAACAAAAAAAUACUGUCUUUAAAAUGAGCACUCGCCUCUGUGCCUAUAAAGACUGCCACAAUUUCUAUCAUCGCCAGGACAGCAGUGGCUGCAGCGAGGUGACGCUCUUCGCAUUCCCCAAGGAUCCAAAGCGCGCCGAACAAUGGCGUAUACUUGGCCAGGUGCAUCCCAAAAUUGGACCCAUGCAACUAUAUAUGUGCUCCAAACAUUUCGAUGCCAAAUAUUUGUCAUUGACUAGGAAUCGUCGCAUUUUGCUGGGUGAAGCACUGCCUUUCCCAUACGAAGAUCCCAAUAAAACGGAUACAAAGGAAAUGGCUGCGACGUCUUCAACUGAACAGCAGAGCUACUACAUCAACUCGACGGGCAACAAAAUUCAGUUGGCUGAAGACAAUCCCAAGGACAUUUCAUCUUCCUCUCAGCAAAGUUUCUACAUAAAUAUGGACGACGAUGAUUUAAGCAUUGAUAAAGUUAUCAUGGUGGAGUCCACGACGACGCAAGUCGUCGACCCACAAGCUGAUAUGUUUGAGAAGAUCGAGGUCAACAUCAUCCCGUCUACUCAAAAGCGCCCUCGCCUUACGACGCCACAGGAGGAGGAGGACGACGAGAAAGCGCCGCUGCCCACUGAUGAACAACUGAUAGACCCAUCGGAGGUGUCCAUCUUCAAGUUUAAGGGCGAGCAGUACGUGCAAAUGUCGCGGGAAUACUACCUGCAGGAGAAACGCCAAUUGAUGGAACAGCUGAACAGCUACAAGAGCACGUUGGCCAGCAUUAGGAAACAAUUGAUGUCAUUAAAGGAACUAUGAAACGA